AUGGAAAUUGAUAAGAAUGUUGAACAAUCAUCUAAUAAAGUUGAAUAUAAUCAACCAAAAUCACCAAUAACUUCAAUUUUAGUAAACAACAAUAGUAGUAAUAAUAAUAAUAAUAGUAAUAAUAAAAAUAAUAACAAUGAGGAAGAAUUUGACAUAUCAUCACCAUUAACAUUAUCACCAAUUGCUAAUUGUGGGGCAAGUGGUAGUAAUAUUGAUUCAUCAAUUGAUAAUACACCUCACCUAUUAUCACAAAUAUCCACUCCACCAAUAUCAUCAACUUCAUCUAUUACAUUAUUAAAUGAUAAAAAAAAAGGAAUCUAUUCAACUUUUUUAGAUUUAGAUUAUUAUAAUAAUACUUAUUUAAAAAAUAAACAAAAAAUAUUACAACCAAAAUUAAAUCAACAAAAACAACAACAACAACAACAACAACAACAACCUAAAACAUUAACAUUUUCAUUAGAUUCACAACAACAGCAACAACAACAACCACAACUCCAAUCACCUCAAUUAAUAGAUCAACAACAACAACAACAACAACAACAGCAACAGCAACAACAACAACAACAACAACAACAACAACAAAUACCAUAUCAUCAAAGAAAACAUCAUAUAUCAAUUAGAGAUGGUGAUGAUAAUGAUAAUGAAGUAGAUUCAUUUAAUAUUUUAAGUCAAAAUCAAUUAAUUCAUCAAACAUUUAAUAAUCCACAAAAUCAUCAUUACUUUUCAUCAACAUCACCAUCUUUAUUGUAUCACCACCAACAACAAACACAAUUAGAACAAAAACCAAUUUAUUCAUCUUCAUCUUCAUCAUCAAUUUUAUCAUCACUAUCAUCAUCAACAAUUUCAUUUUAUAAUUCUAUUACAUCAUUAUUUCUAACGUUUCCACAAACUAUUAGUACAGAUCCAAUUAUAAUUAGAGAAUACGAAAGAUUAAAAAUGUUACAAGAACAACAGGUAGGACCAAGACAUACAGAGAUUUUAUUAAGAAAAGAGGAUGGAGUUGGAGGAAGAAAAGCAUUGAAAGAAAAGUUUGUUGAAAUCUAUGAAUCCUUUUUCAAUGGUGAAGAUCCAUCAGAGAACCAACCAAUUUUUUGGGAACAAUUAUUUUUAAUUAAAGUUAAUAUUCCAUUCCUUGAAAGAUGUAUAAUCCUAACAUCUGAAGAGAAUUUAUUAGCUUUAAAACAAAAUAUUAAUAAAAUUUUCACUCAAUCUUGUUUUUGGUUAAAAGAUUCAAAUUCUUUAAGAUUAACUCAUAUUAUUGAAACAUUAAGUAUAUUAUUAAAAAGUAUAUUUAGAAAGAAAUUUAAUAAUUUUGGAUUUGAUAUUUUAAAUAUUUUAUGUGGUAUAGAGAAUUCAGAUCAAGUUUUUACAGAUAUGAUAAAAGAUUUAGAACAAUUAUUAAAGAAUUCAAGUAUUGAUAAAAAGGUUAAAAUUGGUGUUAUCAAUUUAUUUACAAUCAUUGCAACAGCAACAGAAUAUAUUAAUCAAAAUACACUCUUACAAUACUUUAUGUCUGUAAAUAUCUUUGAUACAUUGGUUACAUUCUUGGGUGAAGAUGAUAUUCCAAAACAAACUCAAUUAAAUAUUCUCACUUUACUUUGUUACUUUUCAAACUUUCAAAAAUAUGAAAUUACAAAUCCAUAUUUAAAAGAUUUAUCAAAUUUAUCUGAUCCAAUUAAAAUAUUAAAAAUUUUAAAUUUAAUAACACAAAAUUUAAAAGAUCAUAAUGAAUUUUUUGAACAACAAUAUAGAGAUCCAAAUUUAGGUAUGGUAUCAAGAUUUAGUGGAUAUUUAAGUAGUUGGGUUUAUUCACCUAAAGUAGUACAACCAUUAUCAUUCUAUGAAACUGGAUCAAGUUUAAUGAUAUUGUAUGAAUUAUUCUAUCAAAAUGAUCAUUUUGUAAACAUGUUGGUAAAAGGUGGAUUACCAUUUGCAAAUGGUGGUGAAAAUGGUUCAACAUGUCCAGAUAUCAUUAAACAAUUCUUUAGUUUUUGUGCUUAUUUAGCAUCGGAUGCUCAAAAGGAUUUGAAAACCAUUUACUCUAGAAUGGCAUUGUUAAUAUUACUUUGCAUUUGUGAAAAGAGAGAAUUGGAAGAUUUCUUUCAUGAUAUUAAAUCAACUUGUUAUAUCUUUAUCUACUCAAAGAAAUCAUUGUUCUCAGAUCCAAAGGAAACUGAAAAACAUCCUUUAUCAUGUUGGACAUUGGAUAUUUUAUCUCAAUUCAUCAAAUGUAAUCUCAAAGGUAAAAUCUCAAUGGAUGUUCAUCAAAGUGCUGUAGAUUGUAUUCAUCGUAUAGUAUCUUAUAAAAAGAAAACUUUAAAUCGUUUACCUUAUAAAUGGAGUGAACUUUGGAGUGCUUUAUUCUCUUUAAUUUCAAUGGUUUCAACUUUAAAUAUUUCAAAUGAUAAAAUUCAAUUAAAUCAAUCAAUUCAUGUUGGUAUAAGUACUGUUAAUAUUUUUAAUCUUUUUAUAAAUUAUGGUGAUUCAUUUUUACCAAGUCCAAAUGAUUAUGAUGAAUUAUUUUAUGAAAUUAUUCGUUCUGGUCAAGUUAUUGAAAAUUUUUAUCAAUUUAUUUUAAACCAAACAACAACUGGAGGUCAAAGUGUUACAUCUCCAUCAGCAGCAGCAUCAGCAUCUAAUCCAACAACACCAACUCCAUUAUCACCUCAACAAUUACCAACUAUUACUACUACUACUACUACCAUCACUUCUAAUAAUGAAUCAAAUAAUCCAUUAUUAAAUCAAUUAUUAAAUAUAAGAUCAAUCGUUCAACACUUUACAAGUAAACUUGAAGAGUGGUCAGCAAAUAAUGCAGAGGUUGCUUUAACUGCACCACAAGUUUCAAAAAUCAUUAAAGAUAAUUAUGAUACACUCAGACUUAAACUUCAAGAGAAUUUAGAUCAAUUUGAACCAUAUGUUGAAAAUCCAAAAGAAGUUUUAUUCUUUAAACAUAUUAUUAAAGAAUUAAUUAAUGAUUUAAGGAAACAAAUUAAUGUUACUAAUAUAAUUUAA